UUUUUUUUUUUUCACAAACUGCCAUUCAGCUCACCUGUCAGCAUAGCAGCACGCUGUUGCACAAAGAAGCUUUUGAUUACACAACGGAUAUGGAUAUGACGAAAGACUAAAGUCACGAUAUUUUGUUUGGUUCAGCCACGUUAGAUUGUAUCACCUUGAUCUGCGCAGGGUCAAGAUGGCAACAAGCCGACCUAUCUCGAUGGGCCAUGCGCCAUCAUGGGCACUGAACGACAGCCCCUUCGACGACGACCAAAGUAGAGCGGCACAGGCAUUCGACAGUGGACUCGACAUUGAAGACACAGACUCAUUCAACCCCAAUGGUCUGGGCCAGGGCGGUCACACAAGGACGUAUUCGUUUGCAGGACCAAAGUCGCCGAUACGGACACCUGCGAAGCCUUCAUUCAAGGGCCACCUCCGUCAGGGAUCUGGUUACGCCCUCUCGCCAGUGUCAGCCGCCUUUCCUGAACACAUUCUAGAGCACAGCCACGGCGACGGCAAGCAUACGCCGGUGCGAGGCCACUCUCAUAGCCAGAGCACGCACAGUAUGCACAGCACACACAGCCACUCGCAUGCGCAGUCCCACGACCACGCCCAUGACCAUCCCCUUACCCACUCCAAAAGCCAUUCUCACAACCAUUCACACAGCCACGCACAAGGCCACGCACACGGCCAUACACACAGUCACGACCACGGUCAUGCACAUGCGCCGCUCAAUGCUGUCCCCAUGACUUCGGAAGUCGUCUCAAGUCCGUGGUUCUCGCUACCCGAAGCAUUGACUGGACUCCUCCUUCUUCUUCCCUACCUACUCGCGUCUGCCGCAUACUCAACUCCGAAUACCGAAUUCCCUCCCCUCUCAGCCUACGCCCGCCUGCAACAAGCCGUUCCGGAGGGCAAGGAUAUAAUAGACUACACAACCGCACACCACGCCUCGAGCCUACUCCAGGCUUGUACCCUGACGUCUGGCACCCUUCUCCUCAUCGCAAUACUAGCAAACAUCCGUGCUGCAGAAAGAGGCCUGGACAAGCGAAAAAGCUCAAAUGCCGCCAAGACACAUCCUGGUCUGUUGACUCCACAAUCCAUGCUGAACAUGGUGACGAGCACCUUGCGAGUCGCUCUACCAUACUAUGCUGCCAUUCAGAUCGGCGGUCUGAGAGUCGGCUUGGUCUUGUUGCUCGCACUCGCCUCGAGCUUGACCUGUUCAGACAACAAGUCGGCCCCAUUGACCUCUCGUCCACUCACGCUCGCUGCACUGGCUCUUUCUAUCCUGGCUGAUGUUUUUGGCCUGACUGUCUAUGCAGAUGCCUACCAUCUUGCUACUGGUUAUAUGGCUCUACUCACAUCUGUCUUCAUACUUAAUCCUGCUCUACCAGCAAACGGCUCGCAUACCUCUCCUCUCAUUGCAACCUCUACCGACACUUCGAUCACCUUGUACGCAGGUGCCAUUCUCUCUGUACUGACCAUCGGCGCCUCCAUCAUCUUCUCUGUCGCACCCUCGAUCACGCCCCUCUCAAUUACCUUCUCCACUUUUUCCAUGGCCAUCACCGCAGCCUUGAUCUUGUUCGCACGUCCAGCUCACCUACGCACUCACAAGAAAGCUGGUCUAGCUCUGGGUUGCCUUUUAGCCGCCGCAUCUGCCUUUUUGUUCUCACCCAGCACAUGGCCUGGCACUUUCUGCAAUGGCGCUAUCGCUGCCCUGUCAUAUGUUGGAGUUCUAUACGACACUACCCACUCUCAUGCCCACUCUCACGAUCAUAGCCAUGCUCACGAUUCUGGUCACGCCCAUUCUCAUGCACACUGCAAUCACCAUCAAGGCCACCAACACCACACUCAUGCCGAAACAUCCAUCUUCACAUCUUUCCUCUUGGCGCGAUGCCGACCAGGCUCUCUUUUGCAUAGUGUUCUUUGUGAGCGCGACUCUCGCCGCAUUGCUUACUUUACCUGCCUCAACUUUGGAUUCAUGCUUGUACAGGCCUUUUACGGGUGGGUCAGUGGCUCGCUUGGUCUGCUCAGCGAUACAGUCCACAUGUUCUUCGAUUGUCUCGCUCUGGUCAUUGGUCUUGGUGCUGCAGUCGCAAGUAAAUGGCCCACUAGCCCUGAAAUGCCCUUUGGUUGGGGCAAAUUGAAUGUACUUGCCGGAUUCGGAAACGGCAUUUUUCUCAUGUUGGUCAGUGUUGAGUUCAUCUGGGAAGCUGUCGAAGGAAUUAUGGAAGGCACCGAAUUGCGCCAUGUCGAGGAACUGCUUGUUGUCAGUACUCUUGGCUUCUUGGUCAACAUGGUUGGUCUCUUCGCUUUCGGUCACGCGCACCACGGCCACGAUCAUGAUCAUGAUCAUUCCCAUGGUCACGGCAACGAAAACAUGCAUGGUAUUUACCUCCACGUCGCCGCAGACGCAGGAGGUUCCUUGGCCGUUAUCCUCAGCACAGUUCUUACACUCUGGAGACCAUGGUAUCUCUGGGACCCUUUGGCCACCAUUGUCAUUGCCAUUCUGAUCUUCCUUGCUGCUGUCCCUUUGGUCCGCGACUCGGGGGGUAAGCUUCUUCUCGUUAUUCCCGAUGAGUUGGAGUAUGGAUUGAAGAAUGCUUUGCAGGAACUUAGUGGUCUUAGAGGUGUUACUGGGUAUGCAGUGCCAAGAUUUUGGGUGGAGGAUGAGGCUGGAGAUGGACAUGAUCAUGAUCAUGGACACGAUCACGCACACGACCAUCAUCAUCACGAUCAUGACCAUGACCACGAUCACCACGAGCAUGAAGAAAAGAAAAAGAAGAUACAAGGAGUCAUCCACGUCUUUGCCGCAAGAGCAGCAGAUACAGAAGACGUCAGAGACAGAGUGGUACAAUACUUCCAACAAUUAAACAUGGAUGUUGUGGUCCAGGUUGAGCGUGAAGGAGAAGGAAGAUGUUGGUGUGGUGGUGGUGUCAAAACUGGAUAAAUCUCUUUUUUUUUAAAGAUAAAACAAACCGCAUAGUACUUUUGGCAUAGCAUAGCGAGCGAAGAUAUAAAUCCAUCUCUUUGAACUAC